GCGGGGUUCGUCGGCGCUGGGUGACCCAGGGACGUAGGUCCUGCUACCGAGCCCCUUAACAUCAUCGGCUGGCGACGCCAAGUCGCAGGUUCUUCACUUUUUAGCAGCUAUACCCACACAUGGGGGAAGGUUUUGGGAGUAAACCCUGAGGGAAAAUCCAGGAGCUGGAAUCGCCAAGGCAGCCCUACGUUGAAUUCAACACUGACUGGCAACUCCUGGGACGCUGCUGGUGCCAAACAGUAUUGGUCUCUGCUGUUCCUUUUGGUUCAUCAGAUGUGUGAAGAAGGGGAGCUUGCUACAGGUGCAACAGCUUACUCUCCAUAUUGUACUGUCCAGACUCGCAUAUCUACACAGCUAGGACACAACAUCCAUGGUUGACCCUGACUGAUGGGCUUCAUCAUCAUCAUAUAGACACCUGAAUAUACAGAUUCUCUAUUUAAGAAUGGCACCUAAAACUAUGGAACCAAUAGCAAUACGGAUCUUUAAGGGAGUUAUACUCUUGGAGGUCGCAGGAGUAAUAGGAGCAUACUGGCUCUUCCAUAGAAUGAAUGGCAGUCAAGAGUUCAGAUAUAAGGUAAACAAAAGGUUUCCCUCCAUUUUGGAAGUUUAUUAUAAAUCCAAUGAAUGGGCAGGAAUUUAUGGAAUUAGAGAACUGGAUCAGGAAACCUGGUCCAGCAAACAUAAGCAGUGAGUAUUCUCUUGGCCCUUAAGUUCUUCUGCCUUCUGAGAGUAUGUGCAUCUUUGCCUCUGAUCCAAGCGUCGCGAUCAGAUUCCCACUGUAGCUGCUUUAUACCUGCAAAAGUAAUAAAUGAAACUCAGUAGUGACAAUAGAAUUUUCCACAUUGGAAAGUUUUCCCAACAGAUCUAUUGGUUAAAAUCUACACAAGUGGGAGGAAAUUCUCUUGAUAAAUAAUCAAUUAAGAAACAACUUCAUUUUCACAAAUGUAAAUACAUUGUACAUCUUCAACUAAAGGAGAUUUACAAAAUGGAUUGAUAGGAUUUAAUAAAUUUUUGAUUGAGUCCAUGUCUAUUGAG